UACACGUUGUUUACUUCCGGUGUGUUUCGAGGCGAAGCAAUGUUGCAGGGGUACAGUCCUGUUGCUCAGGCCCUUCUGGGUACCUUGUUUACCUGGGCAUUGACAGCGCUUGGGUCGGGGCUUGUAUUUGUCUUCAAAAGCGGCCAGAGAAAAAUACUUGAUGGAAGUCUUGGAUUUGCUGCUGGGGUGAUGACAGCAGCAUCCUACUGGUCACUGCUGGCUCCGGCGAUAGAGUUUGCUGAACACUCAGGGCUGUAUGGGCAGAAUGGAGAGUGGGCUUUCAUCCCUGUGGCUGUGGGAUUUGUUCUUGGGGCCAUCUUUGUCUAUGCUGCAGACAUAGUUUUACCAAAUAUGGGAGGUAACCCAAGCGAUCUUGCCCAUUCUCUGGAUGUGGAGACAAAGUUAGAAAAAGAUGGGAACUUAAAUUAUUCACCUCCUCAAGCAUUUGACCAAGGUUACGAUGAUAACUUCGCCAAGUCACCAGCUGGCACACGACAGAGGCGACCAGUGCCGACCAACAGUUAUUACCAGGCUGCUUCUAACCAUGAGUCUAUAGACUUGUCUGUCUCUGAGAAGCACCUUACAGAAUCCAGGAAUACCAGCUGGAGAAGAAUACUCUUGUUAAUAGUCGCCAUUACAGUUCAUAAUAUACCAGAGGGCCUUGCUGUAGGUGUAGGCUUUGGUGCUAUAGGGAAGACAAAAACAGCUACUUUUGAAAAUGCAAGGAAUUUAGCAUUUGGAAUAGGUAUACAAAACUUCCCUGAGGGUCUUGCUGUUAGUCUUCCACUCAGAGGCUCGGGGAUGUCUGUGUUCAAAAGCUUUUGGUAUGGUCAGCUGAGUGGGAUGGUGGAACCAAUUGCUGGUUUAUUUGGUGCAGCAGCAGUGGUCGUCGCUGAACCUCUCCUUCCCUAUGCCUUAGCCUUCGCUGCAGGUGCUAUGAUAUAUGUAGUUGUGGAUGACAUCGUCCCCGAAGCCCAAACAUGUGGCAACGGCAAGCUGGCUUCCUGGGGUGCUAUCCUUGGCUUUGUGGUGAUGAUGUCAUUAGAUGUGGGACUUGGCUGAAUGACUGCCAGGAUUCACAGAGCAUGGUACCACCCAGUUAUCUCACAGACAGACGUACAGAUCAUAUACAGCCAUACACAGAAUCUUCUCAACUACCACCGCUGCCGCCAUCAACCAUAUAGAAAUCAUGUUCUCUUAUCUCUUCAUAUUCAGUAAGACCCUAUUAAUCCAGACAGUUCCAGCAUGGAGCAAUGUCUUUUCUUUUCUUUUUUAUACAAUGGAGUCCUGGCUAAAUGGCUCAGUCUUUUCACUGUAUUGUUUACUUUUUUGUGGUUCCAAAACAGCUGUGAAUUUGAAACAAACAUUCAUUUGAAAUGGAAAAAAAAUAGUUUUAAUUAUUAACCUGGGAAGUUACUAUCUUAUGUUUUCAAAGAGUAAUUUCCCAGGUUAACAAUUAGAUUUCUUUUUUCCAUUUCAAAUGAAUGUCUAAAGAUGAAAGAAACAAAUAUUUUUCUGUUUCUCUGAUCAAGAAUUUACAUUUUAACAUCCAUUCAAAUGGAAAAAAAAUAAUUUUAAUUAUUAACCUGGGAAAUUACUAUCUUAUGUUUUCAAAGAGUAAUUUCCCAGGUUAACAAUUAGAUUUCUUUUUUCCAUUUCAAAUGAAUGUCUAAAGAUGAAAGAAACAAAUAUUUUUCUGUUUCUCUGAUCAAGAAUUUACAUUUUAACAUCCAUUCAAAUGGAAAAAAAAUAAUUUUAAUUAUUAACCUGGGAAAUUACUAUUUUAUGUUUUCAGUAAGGUUAAUUUCCCAGGUUAACAAUUAGAUUUCUUUUUUUCCAUUUCAAAUGAAUGUCUAAAGAUGAAAGAAACAAAUAUUUUUCUCUUUCUCUGAUCAAGACUUUUCUAUGUAUUGCUUUCAUAAAGAAAUAUAUAUGGUAUAAGGUGUUCUACUGAUAAGAUAUGAGAGAUCGUUGGACUUCCAGAACAUUGUAGAUCUUAUAUCUGUGCUACAGUCUUUUAUGUACCGAUGGCAGGGGUGACCCAGUCAUCUAGGGUGCCACAAAGACAUGCAGUGAUAUAACUGGAAUACUGUUCUAAGCGGCAUUAAACCCAACUCACUCACUCACUCAGUUUUAGGUAUAGCUUAUUUUUAUCCACUUCCACGUGGGACCAGCCUGUAACUGAUUCAUGUGUUGUAUUUUACAUUCAAGUCAAUGGCAGGCAAAGUAUGCUUGAGGGCAUCAUCACGCAUCUCUUCAUAUUGUGUCUCUUAAAGCUAAAUCUGGAAUAGUUUUUGGCAUGAAUACUGUGAAUAUACCUUCACUUGACAAUCUUCCCACAGAUCUCAUAGGACAUGGAUUUUGUAUAUAAGAAAUAAAGAGUGGGAGAUGUUUAUCAUACAAUAAAACUCUUCGCAGCUCCUUAUGGUUUAUUCUCCCUGUUUUAUUGUACAAUAAACAAUUACCAAUAACUGUUUAUUUCUUAUAUGAGAUAUCAACAUUAUGUACAGUCUC